AGCUGCUUAACAUAACCAUACACUUCACUUGAUUUGAAAGCUCAUGAUUCGGGAAUACAAGGCUUGCUGCUGUGUUCAAUUUGUGCCUUAUCGUUUUCCAAUAGGAUCUGACAGUUACGUCCUCCCAGUAUGAAGUGUCCUAGUUGGAAGAGCAGAUUUGAAGUUGCGCCCGUUCUUAGUGCCAUCAUCAUCAUGUCUUGUAUGAUAACCCAGGCAGCUGAUAUAUUGGUUGUACCCGCUGAAGCAAGUCAUUGGAUCAAUAUGAGAAUUCUACUGGAAGAACUGAAAAAUCAUGGCCAUAACCUCACUGUGCUUUAUUUCUCAACUUCUUGGCAUGUCGAUGCGAGGCCUGAUUUAUAUCAAUCCGUGGUGGUAGAACUCGACUGGAAUACGACAAGUGAAGAUAUUUUGCAAAAAUUUGUACAAAAGUCAUUAGAUAUUUUACAGGACGGUUCAAUGCCUUGGAGUUUUCUUCAGUCUCGAUACAAACUAAUGUCUUUCAUGCACACCUGUCAUAGUUAUGUUCACGAGCUUGGUAUUGCAAUCUUUGAAAACAAAAAUUUGUUGACUCAGCUUGAAAAUGCACACUUUAACUUAGUAUUAGCAGAUCCUAUUUUUCCCAUAGGUUCAUUGCUUGCUUCUUAUUUAAAACUCCCUUUGGUGCAUAAUGUUCGUUGGCUCACCAGUGGAGAAGCUCAUUUUCUCUUUGCCCCUUCUGCAUUAUCUUAUAUCCCAACACCAGGAUCACGACUGACGGAUAAAAUGAAUUUUUUCCAAAGAACAAAAAAUGUCAUCUUAAAUCUUUUUCAUCGAUCCAUAACAGAAUUCCUAACUCACCCCAUGUACAGUGACCUCUGCCAUCGCUAUCUAGGCCCAGGCAUGGACAUUGAGACAGUUCUUCUAAGGGCAGAUGUGUGGCUGAUGAGAGUAGAUUUCAUAUUUGAUUUUCCAAGACCCACCAUGCCAAAUAUUGUUUAUAUUGGAGGAUUCCAGUGCAAACCAUCCAAACCUUUGGAUAAGGAGUUUGAAGAGUUUAUCCAGUCCUCAGGGGAGCAUGGGGUUAUUGUCAUGUCUUUGGGGUCGAUGGUCAGUUCUUUGCCAAUGCAUAUUACAAUGCAAAUAGCAGAGGCCUUUGCUCAAGUACCUCAGAAGGUUAUUUGGGGACACAAUGGAGAUGCCCCUCCCAACAUUGGAAAUAAUACACUACUGGCAAAAUGGAUCCCUCAGAAAGACCUACUAGGGCACCCAAAGACACGAGCCUUUGUUGCUCAUGGUGGCACCAAUGGGCUUUAUGAAGCCAUCUAUCAUGGGGUGCCAGUAGUUGGCAUACCUCUGUUUUUUGACCAGUUUGAUAACUUAAUCAGACUUGAAAUCCGAGGUGCAGCAAUGGUAAUUGAUAUCUCCACCAUGCAGUCAAGAGAUCUAUUGCAGGCACUCAACAAGAUUAUAAAUAACACCUCUUAUCGGGAGAACAUGCAGAAACUCUCUGCUCUCCACAGAGACCAACCAGAAUCUCCAAUGGAGCGAGCUAUUUUCUGGAUUGAGUAUGUUGCCCGACACAAAGGGGCAUCACAUUUGCGCUCAGAGUCUUACCGGCUCCCCUGGUAUGUUUACUAUUGUGUAGAUGUGAUGAUCUUCCUGUCGUCACUGUUCCUCAUGCUUAUGUUGUUGUUAGUUGUACUGCUAAAGAAACUUUGUCCCAUUUCUUGGCAGAAAAAGCAAAAAGUUCUGUAAUUAUGGUUUUGACACGAGAAAGGGGCACUGGGCAUCAUAAUCGGACAUGCUGUUUGAUACAAUUUAGCCACUCUUUGAGAUUUUGCAUUACAUAUGAGCAUCAAAUGGCACUGAUGUGCAUACUCACAUAACUCAUUUGUGUGAUGGGCAGAAUGUGUUUUUCGCUGGAUGGCAGCAUUGUGUCAGUUGCAAAUACCACUCAUGUUGCUACUGCAUAGUAUUGUACUCAUGUUAAUAGGCUGAUGAUGAUUCACUCACUAGGAUUCAUUAACUACGUGUGUUAGAUUAUUUAAAACAAUGAAACCCAUUAUAAAUUAUGAAGCAGGAACUUUGGAAGCCAACUGAUUUCUGGUUUUACAGCUUGCAGACAAAUGGGAGGGAGAGGCACAACAUUAUAUGCACACAGCAUGUCAAGUUCUUAAGGACAAGCUCUUUUGAAGGAAAGAUUCACAUAACAACAAACAGUGGCAGCUUCAAACAUCUUGCUUCACGUAUUGCUCAAAGUUUUGAGAUAUUUCACUCUUCCAGAUUAAUGAAGGACUUUUCAUGGUCACAAGUAGCAACCUUAUGCCUGGUUCAUAGGUUUGUGUGACAUACACUGAGGCUGGAUCAUUUAAUAUAAAGUGCUCCUUCCACUUACAUUGCUAUGUCUUGCAAAAGUUUGGAUAAGUACAAAAUUAAAAUGUAUCUUUUUUCAACAAAACACGAAAGAAUUUGUCAACAAAGAGUUUUCAGAAAUUCUGCUAAAAUCUGAGAAAACAGUUCAUUACUAUGUAAGAUUCCAAUCCAAUCCAUCUAAAUGUGGUAACAGGUACCUCAUGUUUGGUGUUUGCAGAUAACUAUAUCAGGCUCCAAAAAUGAAUCAUAUCAAACUCGAAGUAAUAACUCUGUUUCUAUUUCCAUAAAUGAUGUCAGACCUGCUGAGUUUCUCUUGCCUUUGUUUUUUUCCAUUUUAGAUUUCCAGCAGUUGCAGUGUUUUGCUUUUCCAUCAGGCUCCUGGUUGAUUGUAACAUAGGGGCAUUUCAGAAAGUUGUGAUCAACAUUUGAUAACUGAGCGAUGAAGACAGAAUAAUUUUCUGCUCCUUGCAUCUGUUUUCCAUCAAUGCCUGAUUAAAUGAAGAUGGAAUGAACAAGAUAACAGUGUACUCAAUAUUCAGUGGACUGAAUAUGAGUCUUACAGU